AUGAAUCUUUUCGCAGGGGCUACGAUUGUGGCCCUCGUCGGUUCAUGUAUCGCGUCGCCUGGCUACCUCAAACUCGACUUGCACAAACGGGCCCCCUCAGCCACCAGGCUUGUCCCAAGCUCUUCGAGCACGUAUCAGCUCGUCGAGCAAGCUGGCUUCAAUAUCACUUACGCCGCUCCAGGUGAUACCGAUGCUGGUGACUGGGGUUCUGAUACCAUUACGAUCAACGGCUCCUCCCCUAUCAACAAUCAACAAAUCGGAGUGGCGAGUGUGCUUGUCGACCAGCAUGGAGUGAUGGGAGUUGGAUACGACACCAAUGAAGCAAAAAACGAUGGCCCAACCGGGGUAUAUCAGUCGGUGAUGGACAAUCUCGUCAAGUCAGGAAUCAUCCACCGCAAAGCCUUCAGCCUGUACUUGAACGACCUCGAAGCGAGCACGGGCUCAAUCAUCCUCGGCGGCAUCGACACGACCAAAUACUCCGGAGACCUGGUCGCCCUUCCUCUGCAGGCUACUCAGGAUGGUUUGGUGAAGGAGUACUAUGUGGCUUUGACUGGCGUCUCCUUCACUGACGCCACCGGUGAAACCACUCAAUUGUCGCCACAGGGAUAUUCUCAAGCCACGUUGCUAGAUUCGGGCACAACCAACACCUUUUUGACCAACGAUAUUUUCACCCCUCUGGCUCUCGGAUUUGGAGCUGUCCUGGAUGCAGAGGGUACCGGCGCCUAUCUGAUACCGUGCAGCCUCUCAAACGGCAAUGGUACCAUCGGCUAUUUAUUUGGUGGGGAGGGGGGCAUCACCAUACAAGUGCCUCUCGCGAAUAUAGUUGGCGGGCAGAUAUACACACCAGAUAAUUUCGACGAUCCGUCAGGUGGUUGCAUGUUGGCCAUGGAAACCACCAGGGAGAGUAGCGGCUUCAGCAUCCUCGGCGACAGCUUCCUCAGAAGUGCUUACGCGGUUUUCGACCUGGAGAACCAAGUCGCGGCUCUGGGCCAAGCAGACGAGAACAAAGCAUCGACCAGCAACAUUGUGGUGAUUCCCACCGGCACUGCGGUCCCCAGUGCCACAGCCACCGCAAUGGCCACCGGGACACAGCUGACUGCCAUCACGGCCGAGACACAAGUACCCGAAGCUAGCUUUUCGGGAUCGAGCUUGAUCCUGGCUGGCACGCCGACCUUCAACUUGGGGAUCUCUUCAUCGACAGCAACAGCUGGUUCGGGUCCAUCCUCCUUCGGAUACUCCGGCGCAGGGUCAUUCCACGGCUGUCCCGACAGCGGCUCUACUGGGUCGGGGUCUGGCAGCAAGUUUCAUCGGGCUUUAGCAACCAACUAA